AUGUCCAACGGGCUCUUUCUCGUCAAAGGCACGUCGGUGCAUAUGCCGCAUUAUGCAAUGGGCCGAAUGGGGUCUGUCUGGGGCCCCGAUGCAGACGAGUUCAAACCAGAGCGGUGGAUUGACUCUAGUUCAGGAAAGGUGAGUGCAGUGUCUUCGUUCAAGUUUAGUGCAUUCUAUGGGGGACCACACGCGUGUUUGGGAAUGAAGUUCGCGAUGUCCGAGAUCAAGAUUACGCUCGCUGCUCUGCUCAGUCGCUAUGACUUUGAGACAUUGCGAGACCCGUUCGACUAUACGUACCGGAUGGCACUGUCGUUGAGAAUUGACGGCGACCUAAAUGUUGCAGUGUCUCAGUUGACGGAACAAACGCAGCAAGAGGUGCCGGAGAGAUCGAGAAGCAGCGCGAGUUAG